AAAUCUCGUUCCAAUGUUUUUGGAAAAGUUGGCAGCUUUGCAGUAUGCUCCUCAGCUUUGUAUUGGGUUGCGACCUAUUAACACGACGAGGAGGACUUUAUAAAAGAUAUCGACGAGUGUGGAGCCUUGAUCUAAUUCUGGCCAGGGAUAACUGAGAGGAGUAUUUACAUUAUGGAGGCUGUAGUUGACUUCCUAAAUGUAUUCCAUAUCAUGGCCAGUGGACUGUCCAUGACACUCAGCCUCUUUGUCAUCUUCCUGGGUCUUCUUUACUGGUAUUCAAUUUACCCCUUUUCGGUCCUUUCUCGCUGUGGCAUCGCACAUCCAAAGCCAAUACCUUUUUUGGGCAACUUAUUGAUGUUUCGCCAGGGUUUUUUGAAGCCUCUCAAUGAACUCAUAAAGACACAUGGCAGAGUUUGUGGGUAUUAUUUGGGCCGGAGACCGGUGGUGGUGAUAGCGGACCCUGACAUGCUCAGACAAGUGAUGGUCAGGGACUUCAGCAGCUUCCCAAACAGAAUGACUAUUCGCUUUGCCUCCAAGCCCAUGACUGACUGUCUGCUCAUGCUGAGGAACGAACGCUGGAAGCGGGUGCGGAGCAUCCUGACCCCAUCAUUCAGCUCUGCCAAGAUGAAAGAGAUGGUUCCUCUCAUCAACACAGCCACCGAUGCCCUGAUGAGCAACUUGAAUGUCUCCGCUGAGUCAGGACAGGCCUUUGACAUCCACAGGUGUUUUGGCUGCUUCACCAUGGAUGUUAUUGCUAGCGUAGCAUUUGCUACCCAGGUGGACUCUCAGAACAACCAAGACGACCCGUUUGUCCAGCAUGCGCAGAUGUUCUUCUCCUUCUCUUUCUUCAGGCCCAUCAUGCUGUUUUUCCUUGCUUUUCCAUUCAUCAUGGCUCCUCUGGCGAGACUGAUCCCCAACAAAAGACGAGACCAGAUGAAUCAGUUCUUCAUCCAAUGCAUUCAGAGGAUCAUCAAGCAGAGAGAGGAGCAGCCUCCUGAGCAGAGGCGUCGCGACUUCCUUCAGCUGAUGUUGGAUGCAAGAUCCAGCAAGGAGUGCGUGUCUUUGGAAGACUUUGACACGGCGAAGCUGGAUCCCAGGAACCAGAUCCAAGCUGCCUCUGAUCCAGACGACCAUCCGCACCCAGAGGAGCCCCCCAGCAGGCGUCCGCAGAAAAAGAUGAUGACUGAGGAUGAGGUCGUGGGUCAGGCUUUCGUCUUUCUUCUGGCCGGUUACGAAACCAGCAGCAGCACGUUGGCCUUCACCUGCUACCUCCUGGCCAUCCACCCGGAAUGUCAACGCAAAGUACAAGAAGAGGUGGAUGAUUUCUUCACCAGACAUGAGUCACCAGAUUACACAAACGUCCAGGAGCUCAAGUAUUUAGACAUGGUUAUAAGUGAAGCAUUGCGCCUUUACCCCCCUGGAUUCAGGUUUGCGAGAGACAUCGACCAGGACUGUGUGUUGAACGGCCAGCGUCUCCCUAAAGGAGCGACGCUGGAGAUCCCAGCAGGCUUCCUCCACUACGACCCCGAGCAUUGGCCAGAGCCUGAGAGCUUCAUCCCUGAGCGAUUCACACCAGAGGCCAAAGCCAACCGACAUCCCUUUGUAUACCUGCCAUUCGGGGCCGGUCCCCGGAACUGUGUGGGGAUGAGGCUCGCCCAGCUGGAAAUCAAAAUGGCUUUAGUGCGUCUGUUCCGCAGGUUCAGCAUUGUGGCCUGCUCCGAGACCAAGGUUCCUCUUGAGUUGAAGUCGUCAAGCACUCUAGGACCUAAAAACGGCAUAUUUGUAAAAAUUCAAAGAAGAGACAUGGGGGAAGGUCAAGAGAAUUCUCCACCAGACAGUUAGAAACUCACCGUUCUUCUUGGAUGGUAGAAAAACCCUAUGAACCAUUACAAAGCAUUCUGCGGGUCCAUGUUGUAACAGUGGCCCAGUUUUAAAGAUCUGUUCCUUUGACACAAAGAGUCUCUUAGCCGCUUACCUCAGCAUGGAGCCAUGUUGUUUUUUUUAAAUCGAUUUUGAAUUGGCGGCUCAGGGGAGGCUUUUCUUUCAUUACCCAUUAAUCUAAACAAUGGUUUUAAUUUCACUUUAACCAGGGUACCAUUGUUUUUGCUUCCUUGCACUGUAGAAGACCCUUGCACCUUCACCAAAUGGCCAGUGUGUUCAACUGAGCUGCUCCCAUUGAUGCCGCUCGCGCUACUUCAUCCCCAUUAAUGGCCGUUAAUUAACUAAUUACCACCAUACAGCCACAGAUUUCCAAGUCUGACAUAGGCAGAGGAACAUAUUCUGACAAAAAGACCUGUCACUUGUGUUACUGAUAUUUGAAUAUACUAAAGAAAUGUAUAUACUGAACUACGUGUGUAAAUAAAUAAUGCAAGAUUUCU